AUGCCUAGUCAUUAUAAGGUAAAAGAGUAUUGUCCUAAUGUGUUCCGGAACUUACGAGAACAGUUUGGCGUUGAUUCCGUAGAAUACCUACGGUCUUUGACCGCAUACGAGCCCGAACCCGAUUUGUUGGAUGGUGGAUUUCAGUCUAUGGAUUCCGAGGCUGUUGCCGAAUUACAUUCAGUACUUCGAGACUAUCAUGAAUAUGUUGUGGAAAAGCUAGGCAAAACGUUGUUGCCUCAAUACUUGGGUUUAUACAGACUUACCAUAGAGGGUACCGAAACUUACCUAAUAGUGAUGAGGAACGUUUUUGGACGAAAGUACAAUGUUCAUACAAAGUUUGACCUCAAGGUGAGUGUAUUUUUUUAUCGCUUCAUAUGUGAGGAUAUCUGUAGACUCAGGGCACUGACCCCAAUAAUGUUUCUUCUCGUUUGUUUGUCCUCCAGGUCAAGUAGAUUUUAUUCACUCAUCAUCGUUUGAAU